AUGGCUAGGUUUGCAGAAAAAGCUGUUAUUGGACAUUUCGCUGUGUUGGUCACCCUUUGGUUGUCAAUGAAAAUGCCAGGGGGUGUAGGAUGGAACAGUCUCUUCACCCCAGGGUUCGUGAACAAUUCCACGUCUGGGGUAAUCAUCCUGACUUCUCUCUUUAUUUUCCCAUCCCAACGACCUCGUAUUUUUGGGGGAAACAGUGGAACCGUGGAGGGCAAUAGUAAAUCUGACAGUUGCCCGACCCUGUUAGAAUGGGAGAAUGUUCAGCAAAUGUUCCCAUGGGGUACCUUCUGUCUGAUUGGUGGAGGGUAUGCCCUGGCUGCGACGUGUCAGGCGCUAAAUCUGGGUAUGAACCCUCUGUACCUGAUGGUCCCUGGUGUGCUGGCGUCCUCCAUGGCCUUCAUGCUCCCUGUGGCCACGCCCCCCAACACUAUCGUCUUUGCCACCGGGCACAUCAAGGCCUCCGAUAUGGGCAAAGCUGGCUUCAUCUUAAACGUUCUGUGUGUGCUGGUCAUCAACGUCGGCGCCAACACUUGGAUCUGGUCGUACCUGAACCUGGACCAGCUCCCGCCAGAGAUGAACAGAUCAUCGACCGCAUUGCCCACACUUUGGGCUGAAACCACUCCUCAUAGCACCGAUGUGUUCCCCACUAACGUCACUGCGUAA